CGGGGAAUAGAAGAGAAAAAAAUUUCACAUGAUAAUGCAAGACAGACAGACUAUUAUCUCCUUGGGCACCUCUACUCUCUCGUCAAUUUGCUGUUGGCACUUCGAAUUUCGAGUUGUCCUGUCUUGUUAUCCCAAAAACCGAGGCUUGAUCUUAAUUGCCCACCUUCCUGCCGCUUUCUCCUACCCCCCCUCUUUCUUCCUGGUUGGGCUCUUGUGGACUUUGCAUUGUUGCUAUUCAGCUGAAUAGUCAUUCGAGGCUCUAAGAUCGACUCGGACUCCAUCAUCCUAAUUCUAAUUGAACAAUCACUGCCGAUCCCCGAGUCCGACGCCCAAUUGUGCUGGACCGACCUGAGUGCAAGAGGCUAGAGGAAGGAAAGCAGCUGCCCAGCCACCGGCAGCACAGGUCGUGUCAGGGCGUCCCUGAAUGAUACCCAGGUGUGGCGACCGACAGGCACAGCCUCACGAGUUUCCUGUCCGCCACUCAGACAGCCGGCAGCCAGACAGUUCGGCGACCUCCACCUCCAACCAGCCUGCCAGCCCAGCAGCCUAGCCACACCACCCCCCAAUAAGCCAGCCAGGCCGGCUCCUGAGCUGCAAGCGGCUGGCCCGUGACGACUGCCCUCUUGUGAGAGUGCGGUGCUCCGUAGCCCAAUAGACCGUGCCCAAGGCCAUAGUCUGUCUGGCAAGUCUGGGUAGGCGGGUAGGGUGUACACGGUCAGUCGAUGCUUUUCCAUUUUCAGUCUCUCUCCCCCCCCCCCAAGGGGCUGGUACUCGAUGUCUUUUUUCUCCUUUUGGUCUUUUUAUUUCCUCCCCUUCCCAACCCCGUCUCCUGUGGCAGGCUCUGCUGGAUGUUGCGCAUCUCGUGUAAUGUUAUGAAACAGAAGAUGUUGAUGCCAUCGCGCUGCACCUCGCAAGCCUUGUCUGCUGGUGACCUGACCGACCCCUCCUUUAUGACAUCCUACCAGCCUACCUACUUUCCCACCUAACUCGUGCUGAUAACUAGGCACACCAUCGCCUGCGUCUCCCCUCUUCAAGGCGUGGCCAUGGUCUCGCAGCCCGACCACUCCUCCACGUCCGGCUCUGGGGGCACAGUCACCGUCCGCGGCCCUAGUUCCGUCGUCGGCACCAGCUCCACCACUGGCGCGCGACACCGAUCCUCUCGACGCCACCACUACAACAGGUCUUAUGCCGGCGGUGCCUCCUACGUCCCGCAGAAUGAGUUCCCCUGGUUCUCCCACUCCGGCGACGUCGAGAUCGUCGUCAAGGUACCCUCGGGCCACGAGAACCGCUAUCUGCUGCACCGGCACACCCUGACGCGGUGUAGCGGCUUCUUCGAGGCGAGCACGAGCGAACCUUGGUCCAAGGCGGUAGACGUGCCCGACCUGCCCGACCUGCCCGCACUGCCUGCACCGCCUGCACCGGCGCGGAAUGGUGCAGCGUCAGGAGGAGAGCUGGCCAGGAUAGGCGAGGGCGGUGCCGCCGCCGAGAGGGGCACCGCCGUGUCGCGGGCAAACAUAGGGACGCCGAGGAAGAGGUGGAGGUAUGAGCUUGACUACGGGAAGGGGGGCGACGACAUACCCAUGCUGGUGCAGAAGGAGGAGAGCAGCAGCAAUACCUCUGCCGCGACGGGCCGUCUGAUGGGACCUCCAACCACAUCCAUCUUCGGCGGAGGUUCAAGUAGCAACAGCAGCAGCAGCAGCGCCGUUGGCCGCACGAAACACUCGCACAGUCAGUCGACCUCGCGCGAUUUCUUUCGGUCCGUCGCGAACCUCAGUAUGCCCUCGCCCACGCACAACCAAUACCCAUUACCUACGAAUACCUCCUCGAACCUCCCGCCCCCGCCGCCCGACGACCAAGACACCCUUCGCGACUACGACAAUCUCUUCCGCAUAAUGUACAAUUUCUCACCCGUUCUCGAUGGGAUAAAUAUCGCCGAUGCAUACGUACAAUGCAAAUCCCUGCUCACCAUCGCCGACCAGUACGAUGCGCUGGCUGUUGUUGGGCCGAGGGUGGAUCACCACCUAUUACAGUUUCAGAGCCGGCUGUGGAAACAGAUCGCCAAAUACCCCAUCAGCUAUCUUCGGCUAGGCCAUCUGGCAAGAAGCAAGAUCAUCUUCCAGGAGGCUCUGAUCCACGUGGUCGGCCAGUGGCCUGCCGGGGAGCGCAGCCUCAGGAACACCCUGCCUGAGUCAGUCUUGGAUAUCAUCGAGGACAAGGUCGAUGAGCUGGAAGAAACCGUCGCCAGGGUCGAGGGACGCCUUUUCAGGCUCAAUCUGACCACAAGAUCCGGGGAGCGGGUAACCCCCGCGACAGGCUACCUCGACUGGUUAGCCGUGAGUUUCUUCAGGCAGUGGCUGGCAGACAAUACCACACCUGGACCAGUGCCGGCACCACCAAGCGACCGGAGGGCGCUAGCACAAAACGGCGGCGGUGGGCGGACGCGCAACAACUCGGGCCCUCACAGCGGGAACAACAACACGGCGCUCGUCCCGGCGUCAUCAGCAGUGCAGCCGGUCAUUCCCCUAGUGCCGCCGUUGGCCUCGCUAGGCCGCACGUACCGCACGCUGGGCGGCAUGACGGGGGCCAGCGCGCCGGGCUACCUGACUCACGACGAAUGCAAGCGCUUCCUCAAGCUCACGCCCGAGAUGUACAGCCGUGACAACCUGCGGCGGUUCGAGAAGCGCGUCGACGAGCUCAAGGCCAUGGCGCGCGAGGUCGUAAGGCCGCUCAUGGGCAGCGGCCUUGAGCUCGACCUGGCCGGCGGCAGCCGUGCCGCCGAGGGCAUCGGGUACCUCACCUGUACGCGGGUCAGCGACCGAGACCUGCCGUGGGCCGUUGAUGAUUGAUCGAUGAACAGAAGGAAUGGACGGUAUGUCGAAACGAAAGAGAUGCACGAGCGAGCGAGCGAGCGGAGGGCGCUCGCAUGAAAUGAAGCGACUGAGCGAUGUUGACGACAUUGGUUUUAUGCAUUUGCGGCGGCUGGCCGGUCAUGACGACGAGGAGGAGACUGUCAAUACCUCUAGGAAUGCAUUUUGGAAGAGCUGGCACAAAGGGCAAGGGCAAAGGGUAAUUGAAGUCCGCUGGCGUCGUCGGUGGCCGGAUCUGUUUUGGGUUUUCUCCUCUGCAGGCAUUUCGGGCGGCAUUUACUUUUUCACCCCUUCUUCUCUUCUCCACAAUCAUUUGCUUUGGGUCUUGUCGGGCAACCUGGUUGUCCCAUUUUCAUUUCCUGUUUUAACGAUAUAUCAUGGACAUUGAUGACCCAAACUCGUGUAACGAGCCUCCUUUUCUGCGACUCGCCACACCUACACACACUUCACAUAGCUUACACUUCACACCGUACUAUACCUAGGAUACCCGUCAAUGAGGAAAGCACAUAUAAGAUC